UUUGCCUGCAGCUUUGCCCUUUCUACGGAGAAGGGGGAAUCAUCAGGUAUGGCGUCUUCUGAGGCUGCCUGCCUUCCCUUAACCCCGCCGGCUUUGGAGACCGGGCCCCUUACGUGAUCUUAGCCGAAGCCCAUCGACCUGGCAAGCGGAGGUUGGUGCCCAGAGCCUGCGAAGAGGCCGCUUCUGUGUCUGUCCCGGGACUGGGGGCUGAAGGAGGGUUCCCGCCUCCGGCGCAUCUGUCCGAUCAUCCUGAACGGACUCCCGAGCUGGAACCUUCCUUACACUGGGUUCCUUGAUUUCUUCUCUAGAGGGCCUCUGUGGUUUGGGGGCAGGUGAGGGUGGAGGUCAGCUCCAGGGCUUGCUCAGGAGGGAAGGGCCGGGAACCUGGCUGCGGGCCCUCACCCGGGGUGGAGGGACUGGCAGAGCCCGGCCCUCAGCAGUGAAGACCGCUUCUGGGCCCUCAGAACGCCACAGCCCCAUGGAUUUGCCACAGGCUCGGCCAAGAGCGGGUUGUCACUUGCGCUUGAGGAAAAGUGUGCUGAAAAGGAAUGUCCGCAGAAGCCUCCUGUGGACUGAAAAGCGGUCUUCCCAGAGCUUCCUCUUGACAGAACAACUUGUUUUAAAUCACUCCGCAGUCGGAAACUUCUCUUUUGAGAGUUAGUUCUGAAGAAAACGUAUUCCGAGGCCUGUCCACCACCACCACCCGUUGUCCCAGAUUUUCCUGCCAAAUGAUCUUUUCCUGCUAUUUCCGCCAUCAUUGCCAUUGCAUGCUUGGGUGAGGACAGUAACACGUUGAUUUCCCACUUCCACUCUGGACCCCACAAUCCAUGCUUUGGUUUUUUCUUUAAAAAAAGAAAAGAAAAGAAAAGAAAAAAGGCAAUCUUACUGUGUCCUGCUUGACUCCCUCCUCAGCCCUUGCGGCCAUGAUGUAAGCCUGUGAAACCGCCCGGGGGUCUCUGCCUGUGUUCCUCCCUCCCGCCGGCCCCAGGCCGGCAUCUCUCCCUCUCACUCUGGGUUCUUUCCUGUCUCCGAGACCUCCUUCCUCUCUCCUUGGUCUAAAUAUUUCCUGUUGGUCCUUUUGACCUCCAUUCAAACGUUACCUCCUGCAUGAAGCCUUCUCCACAGGAUACCUUGGCUCCUGUCAGUCCCCCUCAGAGCUCUCUAUACGCUUCCUUCACAGCCUGUGUUACCAUUUGUUAUUCGACAUACAUUUACGUGGCUGAUGGAGAGCUGGAAGAUCCAUAAGGGCAAGAAAUUGUUAUUUCCCAGCGCACAGCCAGUGGAGAGAUGAAAACUGACGUUAAUGAAGAACUCCGCGGUGCCGGGCGCUGGGCAGAGCCCUUCAGUGGUCUCAUUUAUACUCAUAACAAGCCCCUAAGCUAGACACUUAUCGUCCUCACUUUACUGACGGGGAAACUGAGGUACAGAGAGGCUACGAAACUGCUCCGGGUCCCCAGUCCUAAAACCGGCUCUAGGACCCCAGUGAUGCGGUCAUGUUGCUGUGUAGGUGACGGACUGAAAAAAGUCUCCCUCUUUUCAUUAGAAACACAAACUGGCUUCAACAUCAAGUCAUCUGUGCACAACUUGAGCAAAACUCAGCAGACCAAACUCACUGUGGGGAACCUUGGCUUGGGCCUGGUCGUCAUCCAGAACGGGCCCUACCUCCAGAUCACCCACCUCAUCAGGAAUGGGGCUGCGGCCAGGGAUGGAAAACUCAAGCCAGGUGAUGUUCUGAUUAGUGUUGGCCAUGCCAAUGUGUUAGGAUAUACUCUUCGAGAAUUUUUAAAACUUUUGCAACACAUCACCAUAGGAACAGUACUACAGAUCAAGAUUUACCGAGAUUUUAUUGACAUACCCCAAGAGUGGCAAGAAAUCUAUGAUUUAAUCCCUGAGACCAAAUUCCCAGUAACGCGCCCAACAAAGAAAACUGAGGAGUCAAAAGAUGACCUUUUGGCAAGCAGUGAUGACAACGAAGAUGUAGUUUCAGAUAAAAACCUUAAGUAUUAUAAAGACCCAGGGUCCCCUGGGCCUCAGUCUGCAACAAGACCGAUGUCUAUCUCCAGAGAGUGGCAUGGAUACAAAAAGGAGAACCAGACCAUUAGUGUAGGGAAAGACAUUCAGAGUGACGUGAUGAUUCACAGAGAGAACAAGAAAGAAGUGAGAGCCCCUUCUCCAUACUGGACAAUGGUGAAGCACGACAAGGAAAGCUCUUCCUCCUCCACCGCCUCCUCCACCUCAGAUGCAUUUUGGAUGGAAGACUACGCCCAGGCUGAAAAGAGCAAGGUUCCACCUGUAUCGAAAGCUCCCACCCAGGCUGAAAAGAGCAAGGUUCCACCUGUAUCGAAAGCUCCCACCCAGGCUGAAAAGAGCAAGGUUCCACCUGUAUCGAAAGCUCCCACCCAGGCUGAAAAGAGCAAGGUUCCACCUGUAUCGAAAGCUCCCACCCAGACUGAAAAGAGCAGGGUUCGACCUGUAUCGAAAGUUGCUUAGGAGGCAGUCUGCAAGUUGGUGAUCACAUAAGCAUCUAUCUUGAACACACCCUUUUGUGCAUUGCUCUGUACAGGUUUGCUAUACUUACAGUAAUAUGUGCAGACUUCACAAUUCUUUCUCAAGUGCAUUGUAAUGCCUUCAGAGACCUUCUUCCAUGUGGUAGCCAAACACUGCCCUGGGGCCGGCCAGGCCUCCCCACCUUAUUCUCAAAAUAGCAAUGUCAUCCACAUCCUUCCCACACUCCCUUCCGAGAAGACUGGCUCAUCUUUUACAGAAUGCAGCAGAGGAACCCAGGAUCGGAAUGCAUGAACAUAGAGAGAAUUUCACUUUUUAAGGUAAGUAUCACAUUUUUAUUUAGAUAUUUAGUUUCUCUUGUUUUGCAAACUUCAGAUGCCCUACUUAAAGUAAGAGAUGUAUUUUUCUGGCUGGUUGGUCACAUAACAAUUUUUCCCCCUUUUUAGCCCUAAGAAACAAAAACAGAUGAGCGAGAGGAAGAGGAGAAAAAAGACAAAACUCUGUGACUCAAGUGAAGAUAAAUCUGACAUAAAAUGAGGCAGUGGGAACACAGGAUAUGACUAUAGGGAAUUUAUAUUUUUAGGAAAUAACUCUAUUCCAAAAAAGACAGAAAGGGGGUAAAACCCAACUAAUUAUUCUGACCCAAGAGGACAGAUUUUUAAACUGGUUUUAUCUCUAAAAGCCAUCAAUAAUUAUUUUAAUUUUAAUAGUUUCCGAUGCUUCUGGACUUUAUUAUUAUGUUCUUGUUCUCCUUUACCGCAUCUAAAACAAAGAACUCAACAUAUAAUAAAUACUUGAUUACCAAUAGCAAAGAUGCAAGAAAAACAUUUAAACAGAAUGUUUUAUUUACUUUAAGUCAGCUGGGGAUAAUUACCUGUAUUUAUAUGUUAAGACAUUUCACCUCAUUGAAAAACAAAAAGAUAAAAUGUUGUAUUAGAGAUCUUUGACUUUCAUGUGUUUGCUGCUCUGGGUUGAGAACAUGUUCAGCUCUUCCCUGCAAGAUGUGUUUCAGUAUCACAACUCAUCAACAAAAGGUGUGUGG